AUGAAGCUAAACUGUAAGGCGGGGAUUUUAUUCGCUGUUCCAAUCCCAAAACAGCAUUCAGCUGCUGGAUAUCUUAUCGAAUCAGCAACACAGCGUGCUCUUACAGAAGCAAGGGAACAAAACGUUACUGGAAAUGCAGAAACUCCAUUCUUACUUGCAAGGCUAUGCAUUGUUGUAGGGAUGCCUUACCUUCAAAAUCUGCUGCAAACAGCAAAAGAAGUUGAGUCAAUUGUGAGAGAUAAUGGAGUAGUCCCUGCCACAAUAGCUAUCUUGAACGGAGUACCUUGCAUAGCUAUGGACAUAUCAUCUGAUCUUACUGCACUCGGAAGGACUCCUAUAGCAGUGAUAUCAGCAGGCGUUAAAUCAAUACUUGAUAUCCCAAAGACUCUUAGAUAUUUGGAAACGCAAGAAGUGUAUGUUGCUGCAUACAAGAGUGAUGAGUGUCCAGCAUUUUUCACAGAAAAAAAGCGGCUGCACCUUCCCGUGCAGAUUGCCGUGAAGACUGUGCUCGAGUAA